GUCCAUGUAUGGCAUCAUGAAGGGUGGUCAACACAGAUCUCACUUCGGUGAUGGCUGAUAAGAUCGUGUCUCCUCAGAAUGCUUUCCUUGUCUUUCCUUGUCUUCUCCUCUCUCUCUCCGUUACACAGCAAUCUACCCUAGCUCACAAGCUCGCAGUGGUUCGUCUUGCCAAGCUGGCAAUCCUGACAUGAUGGCGACCGACCAUGGUGGGUAUAAAGGGAGCAUGGUUCUACAUGACACUCAUGCAGACCGACGCAGCACCAGAACCCUUCAGAUUGCCCUCAGAAGACGUAUCUGCACAUGAUGCCGUCCAGCCGCCCGGCUAUCUACGCAUAACAAAACAUACUACAACCGACAAACGGUGUGAGAAAAACACUUCCUCGGCUUCGAGUCUGAUAUCUGUCUGUCUAUCUCCCAAUCCGUCUUUCACUUCUCUAGCAGGCUUGGUGGCACCGGUCCAACCUUGGUCAGCACAUACAGCUCGUUGCCGAACCCGCGGGCUGCAUCCACACACACACACACACACACACACAUACACACACAUCGAUCGGAUGGAUGGAUGGAUCUGUAUGGCCCCUCAGCUCACCUAUCCUCAGAUCCUCAUCCACAUAGGUGGUUUCCACCGGUCCACCACCCCGCCGUCCCUCCCUGUUGAGAUUGACCUUAGGCCACGGCCAGUUGCGCGGCACCAGCUGCCCCAAAAAGGUGUCGGGCUCGAACGCCACGCUUUGGAAAGUCAGGUAGAGUUUGGAGUCGCUCUCGACCUCAGCCGACGCCCUCACACGCAGCCGGGCCACGGUGCUGCCCAAGAACCGAUUGGCCACCGAAUCGAACUGAGGCUGCAGCUCGACCACGUUCUCGGCUGCGUUGACGACGCCGUCGAGGUUGACGUUCUGGUACACCUGGCCGACCUGGACAGCUGGGAUGAGACCGAGAAGCAGGACGUCGAGGGCGUUGGUGAAUAGCAGGCGCCACUCGCCGUUUAGGGGCGAUGAGCCGUCCUUCAUCAGGUUCGGCUGUGGGUUUGGGUUGACGCUCUCGAGCAGCUCCAGCACCUGUCAGUCAGAUCGGAUCCGACGCAGCCUCCCAUGUGUGCAUUUCUAUGUGGCCGUACGUGUGUACGUGCAUACCUCUAAGAUGUCUGCCGAGUCAGGCCGCUUGGCGUUGAACCCUCGAUUCACACCUGCCCAUCACACACACACACACACGCACAGAAAGAGAGAGAGAGAUGAGGACCAGUCCUGCAUGUGUGACCGUCUUGCCGACCUGGGCACAUGAGGUAUAGAUCUUUCUUGAGCUUAGCCCUGUCCAUGGUGGGGAGGAUCUCAAGAGGCCGUGCAGAGGGCGAGGGGGUGUCCAUGGCCGUGUCGGAAGGUGCAUCUGUUUCAUCACCCUCCGAGGGAUCUGCCGAAGAAGGCGUGACGGUUGUCGCUGCGCUCCCGGUGCUCUCCUUCUGCGCAUAGAGGGGCACCAGCCGCCGUGCAUGACUAUUGUAAUCUGCCACUCUGGACGGCCCUGUCCUCCAGUGGGAGUGAGUUCGCAGCAGCUGCACGAAGGCAUCGCUUGGCAGCAGGAAGAAGGCUUGAAGGAUGACCGACAAUGCUGCAAUCAGGCGCAUCAUUGGAACGAACGAACGAACGAAC